GUAGAAGAAGAAGACGACGAAGAAGAAGAAGAAGAAGAAGAAGAAGAAGAAGAAGAAGAACGGCGACUCAGGACACAGGAAAUAGUUGUUGUUACUGUCAAUCGAGGCAGGGAACAGAUAGAUACUGCAGAACGAGAUUGUUGGGGAAACAAUUUAAAUAGAGAGACAUUCCGCGAAACAUUGUGUUCCUUCGCUGGAAUCAAAUGGAACGUCCGCUGCCUUUGCCUUCGCUAAGGCUCCUGGUCCCACCUUUGCGGUUGAUGUCUGCCGUCAUGUGGAAGGUGGUUCAUUUGCGGAGCACAAAGCAUUAUGGGAGAGUGGUGGAGUUUAUCUCCUUGGUGAAUGAAGCCAUCCCUGAUAUAUUGACUCACAGACAGAGGAAGCUGAUUACUCUGGGAUUGAAAAUAAAGAUGUCUUUACAGAUGUUAAGCUCUGAUCAGGAUGUUAAAUGUGUUAAAACCGUAUUGGAGAGCAUUCUACCAGGCAGCUCAGAGCAGGCCCUUCCAACAAAUGAAGCUUUUGAGAACCACUUGGUAGCACUGGUUCAGAGACUUGUGGAUGACCAUGAAUGGAGAGAACACUUCCUGAAGAAUGAGUUCCCAGUGCAUUAUGGGCCAGACUUUGAUACAGCACUGGAAACUUUGGUGUCUGAGUUCUUCACCAGAUUGGACGACCUGUUGCUUAUUCCGGAUUUUAAACAGACCUCAAUUUGGAUUGGCGACGAUGCAUCGUCACUGCUAGAAGACUACAUGCAGUAUGCUUGUGAAGCUAAGGACUUCACAGUCGUGCUCAAAGGCACAAUCCAAAGAGGAAAAUUAGCAAAGAUGAACACCAAUGACACAUCUACCUCAGAAGAACAGCUCGUCUCAUCACUAGCUGUCCCUGUCUCAACCAGGGAGACAAGCUCGUCCUUGAAUGAUGACAGUCAAGAGUGCUUCCCAUUGAGUACCACAGAUGCGGAAGAAAUCACUUGGGUAUCUGUAGCCCAACAGGAACCUGAGAUUUGCUCUCGGGAAGAAACGGUUCUGCCAAAUCUGAGCAAUAGCGAGGAAGAAGGAACAGCAGUUGAGCUUUCUGUUUUGGAUGACAAAGCUUUAGCCACCUCCCCAGCUCCUUCCACAUCAGCUCUCCAUUCUGCAUCAUCCAGCUCUACCAUUGGCCCUCAGCAGCAAAGAGUUGCACACAGAUGCGCUCACUGUAGCAAGUGCUAUAUUUAUCGUUACGAACUCCUGGAACAUCAGAGGAUCCACACUGGAGAGAUGCCUUACAAGUGUACUCAAUGCGGAAAGGCCUUUAGGAGAAGCUCGGAUCUGUCUAGUCACAGGCGGUCACAGUGCACAAAAGCUGCCUAUGUUUGCCUCAAAUGUGGCAAUAGCUUUCAGUCAAUACAGCACAAAUUUAAACACCAGUGUGUUCACAGUACACGAACAUUUGACUGUUCUCACUGUGGAAAAAGCUAUAAGAGGAUGUGCCAGUUGGAAAAGCAUGAGCUGUUUCACACUCAGAAGCGGAUCUUCACAUGCAGAAAGUGUGGGGAGAAGUUCUCCAGUAUGAGUGAGCUGAAAUUUCAUCAGAAGAUUCAUCUUGUUGGGCUGUCCAAUCAGUGCGCACGAUGUGGGAAGAUGUUCUCUUCUUCAGCGUCUUUGGAAGCUCAUGAAGAGAGCCACAGAACACAGAAAACACACGUUUGCGCACUUUGUGGCAAAUCCUUCAAGAACAAACAUGAUCUGACCCGUCACAAUCGCAUUCACACAGGCGAGAGGCCGCAUCAGUGCACAUACUGUGAGAAACGUUUCUUCAUGUUAACAAGCCUUACCGUGCACAUACGGACCCAUACGGGAGAGAAACCAUACCUGUGUUCUGACUGCGGCAAAGCUUUCGCGUCAGCCGGUGAGCUGCAGAUACACAGACGCACCCACACAGGAGAGAGGCCCUACAAAUGCACCGUGUGCGAAAAAGGUUUCACCAUGGCGCACAAACUAACUCGUCAUAUGCGUGUUCACACCGGGGAGCGACCUUACGUCUGCUCUGAAUGUGGAAAAGCCUUUUCAAGUAGCACCCAGCUGAAAAUUCAUAACAUGAACCACACAGGAGUCCGACCCUACACAUGUGAGUUGUGUUCUAAAGGCUACAGGUGUCUCAAUCACCUGAAGAGGCAUUUGAAAUCUCACGGCAUCUAUCAAGUAUCUGUGUGAUUCCAAGCACGCAUACAAUUUCUAUGCUGCUGUCACAGAUGAGAUGGAGCCUAGCUCAGCUGACUUUGAGCAAGGUACACCCCCUAGACUGGCCGUCAGUCAAUCGCAGGGCACUAUGGACACAACCAUUCACACUCGCAUUCACACGUAUGGGAAAUGUAGUUUUCAAUGAACCUAGCAGUUGUGUUUUGGGGAUAUGCUUUCUUUCAUGUCAAAUUUUGCCUGCACUUACUAGGGCUGUUGUCAUAGAGGUUGAAUACUUUUUUGCUUUCUCAAGAAUUUGUCACAGAAAUACUUGCUAAGUUGCCAUUAUUUAAUUGAUCGAUUUACACACUAUGUCAGAUCUGUUUUAAACCAAUAUUAUACAAAUGUUGAACCUGAAAUAUCAUCUUUGUCUGCACUGUCAUUACUUGGGCGGUAAUAAAUCGUGCCUCUAACAGUAGGGGAAAUUGCACCAGG